GGAUCAGAAGAGGGCGGUAAUGAACCAAGUUGUGGAUGCCAACCGCCGUAAAACCCCAAGAAGAAGAAGAAGAAAGGUUACCUCCCCUUUCUCUGCUUUGCCCGCCCAGAGAAUUUGUCCCGACCGCCCAUGAGAAAAGGAGCUACGACCGCGUGGGCUCAGCAUACACAUUACACACAGUUCUUUCCUGGAGAGACAUCAUAGCUUGCAAGCAUGGCAGUUGCUCAGUGUUGGGAUGUACAAAUGAUCACAAAAAUGUAUGUUUAGUUCCUUCAUCCGAGCCUAUUUUCUCUGGAAACGCGCCAAACAUUUCACCGACUUCCUCAACUUGGUCCAAUACAAAGCUGGACUUGCUGAACGUUUGGAAAUGGAGUCCGGAUCUGUACCAACUCUCCUCGGCUCAGCUACAAACCUCGGACAAGCCAGCUCAUCAAGUGUUUACAUUCAGCAGCUUCUCUCAAGGGAUGUUGCCUGCCAUACAGACCACCUGGAAACACAUACUGUAGCCAAACGGCUAUCCUUAAAGACUCUGCGGUCCCACUUUACAAUUGAAGGUAUGUACUUUCCACCCUGAGUACAUUUACUUGAUGUAGUAGAUUCUAGGCAGCAUAGAUUCUAGGCUGAUGCUAGACUCUAACUGCGCUAAAAAGCUCUUUGGAAAAGCAUCAUGACCAGCGCCCUGUUAAACACGAGUCAAACUUGGGAGUUGUAUUUCAAAGAUGGAAUCAGUCAAGAGCCCAGAAGGGUUUCAAGACCGAUAUCACAUGAGCUGGUUUAUUAUUCUCAAAGAUCAAUGAAUUCACAAUUUAUGAAUGUUAGCUGAUCAGCCUACAGGGUAGGACACGUUGUCAUUUGUGCUGUGCUCCAAUAUCCAUACUUCCAUGAGUUCCCUUAAACGUAGUACACUAUCCGUACUCGCAUGACUUGUCUCAUGUCAUGUUGUGCUCGGAUCAUUUUGCGCUGGUUUUUCGUUCAGUGUCCUCCACCUGGCCCCCGCUUGAGCUUUGAGUAUAGGGGGGAUGGUGCUGGAGGAGACAUCUCUCUCCAAAACUCUGAAUCUUUGUCUGCAGUACACAUUUUAAACCCUCGGUCUCAAUGUUACAUAAACAUUAGGGCUGUAACAAUAAACCAACUCACGAUUCGGUUUGUAUCAAGAUUUUUGACCCACUGUUCGAUACUUCCCACGAUUUUUUUUAAUCUUAAACAACACUUGUAUAACAAUAAACUUAAUGUAACAUUUAAUAAAAAAUAUUUUGGAACACUGAUCAGAUUUGAACAGAAAGAAUACUAUUAAUGCAUCGCUACAUUAAUAAAUAAAUAACCAAAGAUUGCUGUUGGAGGAUGCUUGCAGGUAGGCAAAAACCCUCAACUAGUUUUGUGGUUUAGUCAAAUAUCCUAUUAUGGAUUCUUAUUAGGCUAUGUAGCUUAAAUAAUGACAUAAUCAGGCCGUAUAGAAUGCAACAUGUUUAAUAGCCUAACUUUCAAAUAGAUGGGGAAAAAACAUGAACGUCUGAUUCGCGAUAACGAGGCACUGUUACGAGUAGCGUAUGUAUGUGUGUGUGAGUGAGUGACGUCAGCGAGUGAGUGGACGAGUGAGGAGAGCGAACGGUAGUGUGUGUGUCUAGUGAAGAAACAAACGAGUCCGGUAGAAUAAAGUACCCAUCCUGUCAAUAAUCGGUGGCCGCUUCAUUCCGACCUAUAAGCAGACAACUGCCGUUCAAAGCACACAAAACAAUAGAGACAGGAUCACACGGGCUAUUUUUUCGCAUUUGUCCCACUCUGGAUAAAUGUCGUUCAUAUCGUAUAGGAGGACUUCGCAGGCUGUGGAGAAAUGCAAUCCUCCGUCGCCACGGAGAGCUGUCAUCACAGAGAGGGCUUCUCGUCGCAGACUUACGGCAUUGAUAAGAGGGGGCGGUGUCAGCAGACUAUUAUUUAGACAGAUUAUUAGCAAAUUUCCAUCUGACAAUUUGACCGGAGAGUUAGAAAGGGCGUAUCGUGCUUCUGCCUUCUCACACCGCGAGACAGGUUUGUGGUUUUGAGUGUCAUGAUUCCGGUUUCGAUAUGCAUAUCGUUACAGCCCUAAUAAACAUGCAUUUAAAAAGUUUAUUUCAUGUGUACAAAUACACACUUCCUCCUUUUAUGCAAACAGUGUAUCAAUACGAUUACUUGGUCUUUUUUUCCUCCCUCUGCAGAAGACUGUGAUGCCUUUGGAGACCGUAGCACGCAGCGCGGCGCCACCUCAGAGAGUCUGGGUGUGGACGGCCCUGGCUCCUCCCACAUGUCCAGUCACAACGGGGAGCUGCGGAUCCUGAGCGUCUACGGUAAAGGGGAGGGCCCACUGGCGGUGGACGGCCAUGACACCCUCUUCACCGCGUCAGAAGUGGAGGCCCUGAACUCGCUGUCUGCGGACCACAGCGCGGCCAAGAGCCUGGAGCGCGGCGAGCGGCUGGUCUGCCACGAGGAGCUGAGUGUGCAGCAGGAGACCCCAGACACCAUUUCAAUCAAGGUUGAAGACGAUAUUGGUGGAGGCAUGCCCGCUGUAGACGACGGCAAUGAAUUCAGAGACUGCAGCACGCAGCGCGGCGACACCUCAGAGAGUCUGUGUGUGGACGCCCCUGGCUCCGCCCACAUGGCCAGUCACAACGGGGAGCUGCGGAUCCUGAGCGUCUACGGAAAAGGGGAGGGCCCACUGGCGGUGGAUGGUUUGUGGAUGGUUUCUCCCAACAAUGCCAAUAUGAUGGUACACAUGAGGACCCGACCAAACAAGAAGCCGUACGGGUGCGGCCAAUGCAAGAAGCGCUACAUACGGGAAGACUUCCUGAAGAUCCACAUGAGGACUUGCUCUCGGAAGAAGCCCUACAGCUGUGAACAAUGCACGAAGAGCUUCAGUCAGAAAGAAAAGCUGAAGAGCCACAUGAGGACUCACACCGGGGAGAAACCCUACAGCUGUGACCAAUGCACGAAGAGCUUCAGUGAGCUAAACGUACUGAAGAGCCACAUGAGGACUCACACCGACGAGAAGCCCUACGGGUGCGACCAAUGCAUCAAGCGCUACAGAUGGAAAGAUUCCCUGAGGAUCCAUAAAAUGACUCACUCCGGGGAGAAGCCCUACAGCUGUGACCAAUGCACAAAGAGCUUCAGUCAGCAAUACGAACUGAAGAACCACAUGAGGACCCACACCGGUGAGAAGCCCUACAGCUGUGACCAAUGCACGAAGAGCUUCAGUCAGCUAAACGUACUGAAGAACCACAUGAGGACUCACACCGACGAGAAGCCCUACGGGUGCGACCAAUGCACGAAGCUCUUCAGUCAGAAAGGCAAGCUGAAGAGCCACAUGAGGACUCACACCGGAGAGAAGCCCUACCGGUGUGACCAAUGCACGAAGCGCUUCAGUCAGAAAGGCAACCUGAAGAUCCACAUGAAGACUCACACCGGGGAGAAGCCCUACAGGUGUGACCAAUGCACAAAGCGCUUCAGUCAAAGUGACUACCUGAAGAGCCACAUGAAGACUCACACCGGGGAGAAACCCUACAGCUGUGACCAAUGCACGAAGCGCUUCAGCCAUAGCUCGUCCCUGAAGAUCCACAUGAGAACGCACUCCGGGGAGAAGCCCUACAGCUGUGACCAAUGCACGAAGAGCUUCAGUCUGCAAAACGCACUGAAGCGCCACAUGAAGACUCACACUGGGGAGAAACCCUACAGCUGUGACCAAUGCACUAAGAGCUUCAGCCAGAGCUCGUCCCUGAACGUCCACAUGAGGACUCACACCGACGAGAAGCCCUACGGGUGCGACCAAUGCACGAAGCGCUACAGAGGGAAAGAUUCCCUGAGGAUCCACAAAAUGACUCACUCCGGGGAGAAGCCCUACAGCUGUGACCAAUGCACGAAGAGCUUCAGUCAGCAAAAGGUACUGAAGAGCCACAUGAAGACUCACACCGGGGAGAAACCCUACAGCUGUGACCAAUGCAUGAAGAGCUUCAGCCGGCAAAACGACCUGAAGAACCACAUGAGGACUCACACCGGCGAGAAGCCCUACAGCUGUGACCAAUGCACGAAGAGCUUCAGUCAAAGUAACGAACUGAAGGGCCACAUGAGGACUCACACCGGUGAGAAGCCCUACGGGUGUGACCAAUGCACGAAGCGCUUCAGUGAAAGUGGAAACCUGAAGAGCCACAUGAGGACUCACACCGGCGAGAAGCCCUACAGGUGUGACCAAUGCACGAAGCGCUUCAGCCAUAGCGUGUCCCUCAACGUCCACAUGAGGACUCACACCGACGAGAAGCCCUACGGGUGUGACCAAUGCACGAAGCGCUUCAGUUCGAAAGGCAUGCUGAAGAUCCACAUUAGGACUCACACCGGCGAGAAGCCCUACAGGUGUGACCAAUGCACGAAGCGCUUCAGCCAGAGCUCGUCCCUGAACGUCCACAUGAGGACUCACACCGACGAGAAGCCCUACGGGUGUGACCAAUGCACGAAGCGCUUCAGUUCGAAAGGCAUGCUGAAGAUCCACAUUAGGACUCACACCGGCGAGAAGCCCUACAGGUGUGACCAAUGCACGAAGCGCUUCAGCCAGAGCUCGUCCCUGAACGUCCACAUGAGGACUCACACCGACGAGAAGCCCUACGGGUGUGACCAAUGCACGAAGCGCUUCAGUUCGAAAGGCAUGCUGAAGAUCCACAUUAGGACUCACACCGGCGAGAAGCCCUACAGUUGCGACCAAUGCACAAAGCGCUUCGCUCGGCAUGACACCCUGAACGUCCACAUGAAGACUCACAGCGGCGAGAAGUUUAAUUUCUAACGCAAGGUUAGUUUUAUUUCUAACGUUAUGGGAAUCAGGCCCUUUGUCCAAAAUUCCGAACUACCACGUCAAAGGGAUUCUUUGACGCCUGUAUCCAGGUGCUGUUUUUUUUCAUCAUGAUUAAACGCUUUCCAACUUUGAUUCGCCAUGUUUUUAUUUUUGAGAAAUGAUGUCUGUGAUGAAGAAUGACUUAGUUCUCGGACACUUCUGACUGCAAAACAUUUGAUUUAUUUUUAGAGCUUAAUCAUGGGAAGAAACAGGCAGCAAAUUGACCAAGCAUUUGUUCAGUAAGUUGCAAAUGCAAACUAUCUUAAUGCCUUUUAAUUAGAGGGGACGGGAGGUAUCUCUAGGUCCAAGGAGAAUGUAUAUAAAUUACUUUAAAUUGAUUAAUUAUAUAAACAGGGUUCAUGUAAUUUGUAUACAAUUGUAUAUUGAAGUUACGUUUUGAUAUUUCCACAACUAUGUCAUUACCUCUACCUUUGUUAUUAGAAAAAGCCUGCAAAGUUCACCUGUGAAAUAGACUGCAAUUAAACCCCACAUUAUACAUGAUUGUGUUCAUUUCACUAACCUUUUGUCAUGUCCUUAAUGCCAACUACCUCUUGUUUUGACUUUCUAAUUGUUGUCUUUCUACUGCCAUUAUUUUCUAAUUCAUAUCUUGUACCACAAUAGGCAAUCGUGGUUGAAGAGGAUCCACUUAAAAAAGGUCCCUGGUUAAAUGUCUAGAUCUCGAUGCUUGAGUCAGUUCAUGCAGGUCCUCCUAGAGUGCAGCAUUAUUCUAAUGGGACAGAGGAAGAUUCCUAGCAUUGGUCACCCUUCACUCCUUGUUUGCCGUGGCGGCUGGUGAUCUGGGGCCGUUUUCACAAAGGAUUUUAGGGCUAAAAGUAGGUCCUAACUGGCGAAUUUAGGAGUAACUCCUAAAAAUAAUGGGUGUGUCACUCUUAAAUUUAGGACUCCUAACUUUUUUCACUAAGAGCAAUUCACAAAGUAUUUUAGGCCUAAAAGUAGCACCUAAGUCUAGGAGAGCUUAAAAGUCCUCAAGAGGACUCCUAACUCAGUAAGACCUAUUCACAAAGAAUCGUAAAUGCCUGCGAGACGAAAUUUUAGGGUAUUAAACUUGUUGUGGAGUUGAUCGCAAUGCAAUAACGUCCCCGACUAACAGGAAUAAUCCGAUUAGUCCCGAAAUAAAAUGUUUAGCCAUACUACGUUAUUUAGCAACAGGUGCAAUGCAACUUUGCAAUGCCGACGACUUAAAAAUAUCGCAACCAUCAGUCAGCCGUGCCAUAAACUUUCCUUUGGACAUUCAACAAUUACACAGGAUCAAAGCCAACUUCAUGGCAAUUGCAGGUAUGCCCAGUGUGGUCGGUGCUAUUGACGGGACGCACAUAAAAAUAAUUGCGCCAUCAAAAGACGAGGACGUGUUCGUCAAUAGGAAGAAAGUGCAUUCCAUCAACACGCAGGUUGUUUUUGAUGCAAAUUUUAACAUAGCCUAUUGGAUGUUGCUGCAAAGUGGCCUGGAUCUUCAGCUACCCUUGAUUCGUGCAUUUUAAUGGAGAGCGUUCUGAGGCAGCUUUUUGAGAUCUACCAGUUGGGUGUCACUUGCUGGGAGACAGUGACUAUCCAUGCAAGACGUGGCUCUAGACACCCUACCUCAAUCCACAACCGGGAGCACAGUUUAAGUAUAACAUGUAAGUGAUUACGCAUAUUACGCUUCGUCCUACGUGUAAAACACAUCGUAUUGGCUCUUUGACGCCUUUUAUUUGUUGAAUCCAUAUUUAUUAUUGUUUACUGAUUUCUUCCAUAUAUGCUAGAGCACACAAAAAUACAUGAAAUGUUGUGGAGAGAGGAAUUGGGCAGGUGAAACGUCGGUUCAUGUCCUCCACGGCGAAAUACGCCUCACCCCAGAGAGAGGGCAAGCACAGUCAUUAAUGUAUGUGCCAUUCUACUCAACCUCUGCAAGCGGAGGAACAUUCCACACCCAGACGAUGAUGAUGGCGAUCACCAUGACAAUGAAUUUGGCCGGCAUUUAGGGAUCACUUUGAAAACACAUUUUAGGUAAACACCUUGGCACAAAUCAGUCAACACUUGUGUAGUUCAUAACAUUUAUUUUCUUUUGAAUUUUACGUAUUUUUAUUGUUUGCUUUCUUUCUCUCUUGAACGUGCAGGCUACAACGUCAUUAUCGUGGUCUGCACAAAAUAGUCAUGCGUGUAUUCUGCUAACUGCACUAUAACUAUUUAAUAGGAAUUCAUUUCUAGCCUAGGCUAUUU